GAAGAAGAUAAACUCUGAGUGCAGCCAGUUCAUUUACAAAGAGCAGAGAGCAGACCAAUUAUCCAUGGGCAGAUUGUGGACUCUUGCAGCCGAUCACAUAUUAAAAUAAUCCACGCUAUAUGUAUUGGCGCGCUCGUGAAGUUUAUGAUUAUUUAUAACCGUUUUGAAAGUGAUAACUCGUGAUAAUAACUUGAGAUUGGCAUAAAAAACAGCACGCAUGUACGCGUUCUUCGAAGUUUUUGUACAUUUAAUUUCGUUGGCCGAUGAUUUUUUCAUAAAAUGAAUUUUGCUGUAGAAAAUACUAGGCCUAGCAUAAUGUAUACACCGCGGACACCACAAAUGCGAGAACGACAAAGAUUUAAUUUAAGUACUAAACUAGAUGACGAAGAGAUCGAUAUUUCAGGUUUGGAAGUUUACAGAUUUAUUAGGACAAACCUGGAAUAUUUAUGCUGUAUCUGCUUUAUUUGAUCUUCGACAAGAUGAUAUUCACUUUAAACUAUAUUCAAAAAGACUAAGAGAAGAAAUCGCAAGCACUUUAUCACAUGAAGAUGUAUCUUACGAUGCAAAGUUUUCUGUUAUCGAAAAUAUUGUGCCUAGACCAAAUCAUGAAAAUAAUCCAGCAAUUAAAAUUGAAGUUUUAGCCAAAAUUAAUGAGACCGAAAAAGAGAAAUCUCUUUAUCAAGGGAUAUUAUUAUCCUGGAGAAUAACACAGGCAGAAUCAAAUAUAAAAAAUCUCAUACGAUUACCUCUUUUGUUAUGCCGUGGUACUAGUACUUGUAUAGAUGCAGUACAUGCUACAAUUACUCGUAUGUUUGAUUGCUUGAUAAUUGCAUUACCAGCCAAAGAGCAUGAUUUAAAUUGGCUCAUUCCUAUUAUAAUUAUGACUAACAAAGAGCAGCCUGCAGUUUCUGGUGAAGUUCAAAUGGUGUAUACAGUACCAGAAUUACCAGUUACAGAUACUAUUACAGUUAAAUUUCAAGCUGCAGAUCUAAGGAAGAUAUUAUCAGCCAUUAUUACAAACCAAAACGAUGAGAUUAAUGUAUUCCUUAACCGUGAACACAUAGAAAUAUUUUUUGAAGUCUUACAUAAGCAAAUGUUAAUAAUUGGAGGUUUGAAAUUAGGAUUAUGUACACUGCAUAGGAUUAAUCUGCCUGGAAUAACUAUAAUGGAGAAUAAAAUGAAGAUAGUGAAUCUAGAAAUUAUGGAUAAUGUAUUAUUGUAUUUAAAUGAAAAAGCUUUUGAUAUAUUUCAUACAGUGCAUAUUGAUAUUUGAAUUUUCUUCUUUUAUAUUGUUCUAUGAUACAAAUAAUAUAUA